CGUGUGUAUCUAUAAAUAGAGCUUCUCGUCAAUCAUUCUCAUACCAAGUGCAAAGCAAGGUUUUUAGAAGUUUUUGUCUUACAUUGUGCAAAUUAAGAUGGGAAGUUUACACAAGUAUGUUGGAGUACUUGUUGUUAUAUUUGUGUUGGUGAUAGGAACUUCUGAAUGCCGGAAAAUAAAGAGAAAACAAGAUUUUGAUGACAACUUUGGUGGCUUAGGUGCUGGUUCAGGCCAAGGUUUUGGUGGAGGUUUUGGAGGUGGUAAUGGUGGAGGUGGUGGUGGUUUUGGAGGAGGUGGGGGAGGUGGUAGUGGUGGUGGUAUAGGUGGAGGAAGUGGAAGUGGUUUUGGUGGAGGUUUUGGAAGUGGUGGUGGUGAUGGCAAUGGUGGAGGUGGUGGUGGUUUUGGGGGUGGUGGUGGAGGUGGUAAUGGUGGUGGUAGAGGUGCUGGUCAUGGUAGAGGAGUUGGCGGAGGUGCUGGUCAUGGUAGAGGAUUUGGAGGUGGAGCUGGAAGAGGUAGAGGCGGUGGUGGUGGUGGAGGUUUUGGAGGUGGAGGUGGUGGUGGAAGAGGUGUUGGAGGUGGGUCUGGCAGAGGUGCUGGUGGAGGCUUUGGAGGUGGAGCUGGUAGAGGAGGUGGGGGCUUUGGAGGUGGAGCCGGUGGAGGUUCCGGAGGAGGCGGAGGACUUGAUGGAGGUUUUGGAAGUGGCGGCGGCUUUGGAUUCGGCUUUGGAGGCGGUAUCAGUGGUGGUUUUGGAGGUGGUGCAGGUGGAGGAGGUGGUGGUGGGAAAGUUUAAAUUCAAAUAUUCUUAAUUUUAUUAUGGAAUGUAGUGUGUGUAAUUGGUUGUGGAGAGAAUGUGAAAAGAGAGAUUAAUUUGAAAAAUAAGGUGAAUUUGAAGUAUUGUUUAGAAUAAAAGUAAGAGAUGAGAAAUUGAGAAGAGAAAAUUGUUUACUGUUUUUUAAAGUUUAAACUUUUUUUUCAAAUAAAUAUAUCUUGUCGUAAAACUACUUU